ACAGCCGUUUUGCAGUGAAUCCACAGAGUUGUAUAUAAGACAGUGAAUCAAUCACCUAACCUUACAAUUGAAAUACAAAUGUAAACUAGUUCUUAUAAGUUAAGAGAAGAAUAGAAAAUGACCACAAUAAGACACACAUUACAACAGGAAGUGUUUCAAGCUAACGAAGAAAGGCUACUAGCAACUUGUCAUGUGGGCAAAUUGUUCAAGAAGAAGAAAUCGUCAUUCCUCUGCAUUGUGUCUUCGAUUAGUGUACCGAUCAACAUUUCAAUAGUACAAAUCAAGCAGUCCGAUAAGAUUUACAAGAAGAAGCGAGCAUGGUCUCUAUCUGAGCUCAAAGUGGUCGAUGGUAAAACUGAAACAAUUGACACGAAUGAGUUUGACUUACACAUCGAUAAAGUAUAUCGAUGGGCAGCCUCUAGCGUACAAGAGAGGCAGGUCUUUAUCAUUACACUUUUUAAACAAUGCUCGAAGCAUCUCCUAAAAGAUAGGCCCAUUUUUAAGAAUAUUCCGAAAGCGUGGACGAUUGAAGAUGUGUUAACUCCGGAAAAUAAAUAUGUUUCAUCUCCCUUAAUGGCCCUUGAUCCGGAUUUAUCAGAUGACUUUCAGGCUAUCACAGAUAAAGAGCAAGAAGAUUUGAAUAGAUUAAUGAAUGAUUGUGAAUUUGCAAUUAGUAAUGCAGAAGCGUUCAUGGAAGUUUUAGCUAGAGAUCUCUCGUUAUUAGACGGCGAAAAUGUCCAAUCCAUAUUAGCUUCACAAGUGGAGACGUUAAUGGAACAACUCGAAACAGCGAUUGAAGAGGCAGAUAAAAUUGAGCAGCGCUUAGACUCAUAUGACGACAUUUUAAAACACGUGAAAGAUGCAAUGGAGAAAAUGGAAAAAAAGAAUUCUAUGAUUGGCAUCGCGAAUAAAAAUAAUUUGCACUUAUUGAACGAAUUAGAAAACAUUGUGAAACAAUUGGAUUUGCCACGUAAAUAUCAAGAAAUUUUAGACGAUGCCGAUUUAACAAAUAAUCAAGGUUUAAAGUCGGCAAUAGAGGCUGGAAAUGCACUAAGGGAUGCCAUGAAUUCACAGUUAGAUCCAGCUCUUGUUCGCAUGGCCGCUGUUCAAGAACAGAGGAAGCGAUUCGAGAAGUAUAAGGAUAAAUUUUCGAGAAGUAUUUGUAGGCAGUUGAAUAAUCUUUUUAUUCACUAUGGUAAUGAUAAAGGAGAGUCGGAAAAAACUACAGAUGGAUUGGUUUUACCUCAGCAUAGUUUGGUGCAUAAGGAAUUAAGUACUUACGCGGAAUUGAUGCAUUGGCUCAAGGUGAUGGACCGUAAAGCAUACGACGGACUAAAAAAAGUGUACACAGAUUCAUUAGGAAAAUUGUAUGACCGAGACAUUCGCAGUUUAUUUGAUUUGGCAAAGGAAAGAGUAGCAAACACAACCCAAGUAACAUCCCCCAUAAAGGCAUGUGCACUUUUGGGACUAGACCGAGAACAAUGGACCAUUGACACAACGCCUGGAGAACGUACCCGUUACGAAGGGACAUUGGAACAAGUAUUAUCACAACUUGAACCCAUUUGUUUACAAGAACAACAAUUUUGUAUGGCAUUUUUUCAAUUAGAUAUUCUCAGCCCUAGCUCUAAGAAUACUCUUACUACGCUGGAUGGAAUCGAAGCUGAUGUUGCGGUUGUCUCCCACCGAAAGGUAGAAAAACAGAUUAAUGAAGACGUUCGUAAUAUGAUGGUUAGUCUGUUUUCGUGCCUUGAAGAGGAACUACUUAGUUUCAUAGGACAUAUAGAAAAGCAAGACGUUUUUUGUUGCAUGUAUGUUUUAGUACGUUUCAAUCAGCAUGUAAUGUCUGCGCAAAGUUCAUUUCUAAGUAACACAUUAGCAUCAGUGCUGGUAAAUAUUAAACGUUCGUUAGAUCGUUUCAUGCAAACACAAGUUGACUCGAUAAAAGAAUGCCGCUUACCUAGACGCUCUAAAUGUGGCAUAAUGCCUUACGUUUUCAACUUGGAGGAAUUUGCCAGAUAUGGAGACGUCUUACUUAAAAGUGAUCGCAGAGCGGACUUAGAAAAAUGGUACACACGUUUAAUUGAUACUAUAUUGGAAUGUAUAGCAUUGCAUUCUAUUGACCAUGGUAAAACUCCAACUCAAGUUAUAAAAAUGGAAAAUUAUCACUAUUUAUACUCUCUACUUUCUCAGUUAAAACUAUCAGUAUUAGAUGCACAGAGAAAGGAAGCUAAGCAAAAGUACAACGAUGCACUUGCUCUCUAUGUCACUCAGUACUUUGGAAGACCAUUGGAAAAAUUAAAUAUUUUUUUCGAUGGAGUUCAAGCAAGAGUUGCAAGCGGCGUAAAGGCCUCUGAAGUUAGCUAUCAACUUGCGUUUAGUAAACAAGAAUUACGUAAAGUUAUCAACCAGUACCCCUCAAGUGCGGUGAAGAAAGGUAUUGAAGCGCUAUACAAAAAGGUAGAGAAACACCUUUCUGAAGAAGGGAAUCUCCUCCAAGUAGUGUGGCGAGCAAUGCAAGAAGAAUUUAUACGACAAUACAAAAUGCUAGAAGAACUCAUACAACAAUGCUAUCCAGGUUCAUUGAUUACAUUAGAAUUUACAAUCACAGAUAUAUUGAAUUUUUUCUCAGAGAUUGCUCGGUCGCAUUAAUUUUGUUUGCAUAAAAUAUAUUUACAAUUUAA